UGUCCAUCAGUGCCAGCUGUCAGUGCUCAUCAAUGCUACCUGCCAGUGCCCAUCAGUGCCACCUAUCAGUGCCAGUCAGUGCCACCUAUCAGUGCCAGUCAGUGCUGCCUGUCACUCCCCCGCAGAGAGUGCCUAACAUUGCCAGUGAGUGCCACCUAACAGUGCCAGUCAGUGCCGCCUAUCAGUGCCAUAUAUGAGUGCUGCCUUUCAGUGCCCAUCAGUGAUGUCUGUGAAUGCCCACCAGUGAUGCCUGUCAAUGCCCAUCAGUG